UUAAAUUCCCGCGCUCAUAGUAAACAACUGGCUAGCACAGGUUUUUUCAUGGUCGUCGAUACAGUUUUGUGAAGCUCUUCUAUAGGUUCACGAGAAAACGAUCUAGUAGUUUGUUGUUUUUAAAGCAGCGGUUGAGGCUGUUAUUUGAAUUCAAGCUUUAAAGAUCUGUGAGAAUUAAAUAUAAUCGAUUUCAAAUAGAACACGAAAUCAUCCCAGUAUACUUUGCCAGAAUCAUCUGUAAUCAUGAGUCACGGUGGAUUGUUAACUGUAGGCUGCAUUGCCGAUAUAAUGCGAGGUAGUGAAUUGGAACAGCCAGUUGUUCAAAUUCUGGGCUCAAAACGAAUUGCCGGUGGAGGUGAGCAGUCGGAACGUUAUCGAUUACUGAUCUCUGACGGCCAGAAUUUAUACAGUUUUGCCAUGUUGGCCACACAGUUGAAUGAAUUACACCAGAACGGUCAACUAGCCGAAUUCACAGUUAUUCGUAUCAAUCGCUACAUUACGUCGGUCGUGAACCGUGGUGAGCGCGGUGAGAAACGUGUGCUGAUCAUCUUGGAGCUUUCUAUAGUAAAACCGGGCGCAUCGAUCGGCGAAAAAAUUGGUAAUCCGCAACAAUUGGUCGACGGUGCUGCGGCCAGCAGUGCAACAACCGUUCCCGCUAGAACCGAGUCCGCUGGAACUAUUAGUAACGGAUCCGGUUAUCAAAAUCGUUCAUUGAAUGUGAGCAGCACAACCUCCGGCGGUAACAUGUCUCUGAACGAAACGUUAACUCAUCCCAUCAGUUCACUUAGUCCUUACCAAAACAAAUGGGUAAUUAAGGCACGUGUUAUGUCAAAAUCUGCUAUACGCAGUUGGAGUAAUGCUAAGGGAGAAGGAAAACUUUUUUCGAUGGAUAUAAUGGAUGAGUCCGGUGAAAUUCGCGUUACAGCUUUUAAAGAGCAGUGCGACAAAUACUAUGAUAUGAUUGAAGUCGAUAAAGUCUAUUAUAUCACCAAAUGCCAGUUGAAGCCGGCCAAUAAACAAUAUUCGACACUAAAGAAUGACUACGAAAUGACAAUGACACACGACACAAUAGUGCAAGAGUGCAAAGACGUCGGUAGUUCCUUGCCGGAAAUUCACUACAAUUUUGUACCCAUUUCACAAAUCGCUAACAUGGAACCGAAUGCUAUGAUUGACGUGAUCGGUAUCUGCAAAGAAGCCAGUGAAGUUGUACAGUUUACUGCCAAAACCUCUGGCCGAGAGUUGAAGAAACGAGAAGUUACGAUGGUUGAUUCGAGCAACGCAGCUGUCCAGUUGACACUUUGGGGAGAAGAUGCUCAAACAUUCCCCACGGCCACAAAUCCGGUUGUACUAGUGAAAGGAGCACGUGUAUCUGAAUUUGGUGGUGGUAAAUCGAUCGGUCUGGUCGGUGGUAGUGUGAUGAAACUAAACCCUGACAUUGAAGCGGCUCAUAAAGUUCGCGGAUGGUACGACAACGGUGGUGGCGACAAUGUAACAAGUAGCGUAUCAACCCGCACAGGCGCUGGCGCCGGCGCCGGUUACGUUACCGAAUGGAUUACGUUCCACGAGGCUAAAGAGAGAAAUUUGGGUAAUGGUGAUAAACCUGAUUAUUUCCAAGCGAAGGCGCUAAUUCAUAACAUCAAAUCUGGAAAUGCGGUUUACAAGGCCUGCCCCCAACCGGAGUGCAACAAAAAAGUGAUUGAUCAAGAAAAUGGCCAAUAUCGAUGCGAGAAGUGUAAUGCCGAUUUCCCCAAUUUCAAGUAUCGACUACUGGUGAAUAUGUUGGUUGGAGAUUGGACCUCGAAUCGGUGGGUCACUAUAUUCACGGAUCUGGCAGAACAAAUGCUUGGCAAGUCCUCACAGGAAAUUGGCGAUGCACUUGAAUUCAACAAGGAGGAAGCAGAGCAAAUUUUCUCAGCAAUCAACUUUAAAAACUACGUUUUCAAGCUGCGAACCAAGGUCGAAUUUUUCGGUGACACGGCUCGAAACAAAACUACGGCUGUCGACGCAAAACCGCUCAACCACAAGGAGUACAAUGCCUAUCUGGUUAAGAAUAUUCAGGAAUUGACUGGUAUUGGUAAGAACUAAGGGUAGUGCAGAAUUAAGAAGUGAACUUGUUUUGUCAUUCUAAUGUUAUUUGUAUUACAAUAAUCACACCAUCUUUAUUCAAAUAAACUAUCACUGUUUGAUAUGUUAAAAACUCACAA